CUAUUGCGUGUGUUGUGUGAUGACGCGGUGGUCAGGUGUUGCCUCAUAUAACGAGGGGGAGCUGUCCAAGUGCUGAAAACAGAAGAGAACAGAGGAGAUGCCAUACACCUUCACUGCUGUCUGAGCUUUGUUGCCAAAGGUAAUACAUUGCCUAUAAUGCUGCAUUUCCACCACAAGUUGCCCGCGGGGGGAGCCGUGGUCCUGCUCGCCUUCCUCCUCCAUGGAUGCGCUGUGCAGGCUGCGUCUCUCCCCCGCCACUACAGGCUCCGAGGCGGGGAUAGUGAGGGGCAGCCGGCUGCCUACCCACCCAGCUCCGACAUGAUCAAAGCCCUGGAGUACAUUGAAAACCUGAAGCAGCGGAACGGGGGCCGGCCUGAACCCGUGGAUUACGACGAAGUGGACAAGUUCAGGGUCCUGCUUCAGCUCGCCUCGCAGCAGGACGAGGGUCCCGGGGACCGUCAGCCUUCCCCCGGCAUACAGAGGCAGGACAUUACCGCUGAGCAGCUGAUGAAAGCCCUGCUAAAGUCUCUCCAGGAUCAGGCCGGGAAAGACGCGAAAGUCAUCCCCGCAUCGGCGCCCAGGAACGACCGCCGCACGCACAGGCACCGCACCAAAGACACUGAAAUCCCCGAGAGCGCCGCACCGGUAGACUACGGUAAUUUCCCCAGACCCCACAAGAAAUACCCGUUGAUGUUUGAGGAUGAGGAGAAUACGGACGCUUCCAAACGGGCCACAGAGGACCUGGACGAGCAGUAUACACCCCAGAGCCUUGCCAAUUUACGCUCCAUCUUUGAAGAGCUUGGGAGGAUGCCCACCGCCACCGGCCAGAAGAGAGGCGUGUUCGGGGACGACGAUGACGAGGAUGAGGACGCCUUUAGCCUAAGAAACCCGGCCUACGAGGAUGUGGCCGGAGGAGAGGAGUGGGUCCCCGUGGAGGAGAGAGAGGAGACGGAGGAGAUGGUCAACGGGAGCCAUGAGGAAAUGGACAGGGCGCUCGGUGAGCAGGAGGAAGCUGAGAGGGAGGAAAUGCAACGCCGGGCGAACCAGAACCAAGAAGACGCUGAUGAUGACACUAAACUGGUAGAUUACUACCUGUUGAAGGUCCUCGAGAUGAGCGACCAGACGCAGAAGAGGGACAAGACCGGAGAGCAAAGAAAGAGACUGAUCCGCCCCUCCAUUGUGGAUCCUCGGACAGUGAAGGAGUUGCUGGAGCUCUCCCUGAAGCUCCACGUCCCACCACAGGACCUUAUCGAUAUGCUGCUCACAGAGGAGCUCAGAAAGCUCCACCGCAACCCCCAAGGCUCUGCUCGCUACACGACCGGCCAGACACCCAAGAUCAGGUACUUCAGCCGCAGACUGCCGCUGAAGAGCAAGCCCGCCCCCGAGGAUAUGGACAGAGAGGACUUUCUGGACAUCAUCGGCGUGGAGACUAUCAGUAACGAGUACCCGGUGAUGCAGAGACCCCUGAAGACUUCUCCUUCCUCGGACAGGAUCCCAGUGGCGUCCAACCCUGCCGCAAAUUCAGGACCAGUUAAAAUCCCCCCUCCCUCCGGGCGCAGGGAGAACCUCUUUUUAUCCGAGCUCAACAAGAUGCCCCUGAAACGCCAGGCUGACGGCGGGGAUGACGAGGAUGACGACGGCGACGUGGAAGACGAGGUGACGACCUACCUGGCGGCCAAAAUCCUCACAGAGUACCCCAACACCAUCACCAAGAGGGACACCCAGGCGCAGCUGAAGGGACAGUUCCCAUACGAGCUGUACGAGCGAGCCAUGAAGGACUACUUGGGGCAAGCGGACACUGACAAAAGGCCAGUAGCCAAGAGGGAAACCGAAGUGGCCACAGAGAAAGUAAAUCCCACAGAGAUGCAAGGGAAAGAGGAGAUCACGGCCAAGACCUCAGCUCCACAGACCGUGAUUGAGGAAGAGGAGGGGCACCGUGAAAACACAGUGGCAGGGAUGUAGGCUGACCCCACCUGCAAGACGCACGAAAUUAUGAAUAUAGUAUUUAUACUGUCUCAAAAAUAAUGUUUGGUGGAUGUGAUCUAGUUUACAAAUUUCUAUUAUAUGAACUAUAGCUGGUAAUAUCACCCUAACGAAAAAGAAUUAUAGCAACCUUACAGGUCCAAUACAUUUUUAGGAAAAUAGUCCCUACUUGCUGCAAGAACAUCAUAGAAAUAUUAUGAGAUUAAAGGUGCAAUCCGUGUGAGACCAAAAGGGUAGGAAUAUUCUAAACAUAGGAUUUGAACCUGCUAUCACUCCUAAAUUGCCAAUGAAUAUAUUGACUAAUGUCAAAUGACACUGAAAUCCAAUUUAAUAAAGUUUUGUGAUGUUGUUAAAAGUUUGUUUACAUUGAUUGUGUUUGUAGACACGGCAAGAAACAGGCCUAUAUUUUCAAUUAUGAUCAAAUGAGUAAUGGUAAAAAUGCUUAUUUUUCAUCACUGUAAAAUUCUUCAUAUGUGAAUAUACCUAUAAAUGACAAUGUAUGCUGACUGGGCCUUUAAAAACACAAGCUACAGUGAUUGGUUACCAUCAAGAUAUACUGACAGUAUAAGAAUAUUAUAGGGAUAUUUUGUUAGGGCAGUGUGCUGGCCUGAGAACGAGUGUUGUUGUGACUCGUGAUAUAUUCAGGGUUAGUGGAUUUAUUGUUAUUAUUAUGGAUACUUAUUUCCAAGUCUAAAUAUCAGACCGUCGCCUGCCUUCCAACCCUUUCAUACUGCGAAGCUCUGUAUUGUUGGCCUACCAGUGGUUGUGCUAUGUAUGCUCAUUUUUAAACC